AUGGCGGACUGCUUUAUUAAGAACUACGGCAACAGCAAAUUAUACACGAAUUUGUUGAUACAUGAAAAGAAGCAAUGGAGGAAGAAGGUUGAUAGCAAGCCGAAAAUAGCAAAUAUGCUAAGAGUGAGUAGCCAAAAUGGAGGCAGUGCACAGGGUGAGGAACAAAAGGAUGCAGGUGAACAAAACGAUAUUUGCUUCAUUGCAGGCAUAGGGGAUACGAACGGCUAUGGAUGGGGAAUAGCCAAGGAGCUUAGCAAGAAAAACGUUAAGCUGAUUUUCGGAAUAUGGCCCCCAGUUUACAAAAUAUUUAUGAAAAAUUAUGAAAACGGAAAAUUUGACAAUGAUAUGAUUAUUAAUAAAAAUACAAAAGAAAAAAUGGAAAUUUUGGAUGUACUUCCAUUUGAUGCUUCAUUUGAUACUUACAAUGAUAUUGAUGAAGAAACAAAAAAUAAUAAAAGAUAUAAUAAUUUACAGAAUUAUAGUAUAGAAGAAGUAGCUAAUUUAAUUCAUAAUAAAUAUGGAAAUAUUUCUAUGCUUGUACACUCAUUAGCAAAUGCUAAAGAAGUACAAAAAAGUUUAUUAGAGACAAGUCGUAAUGGAUACUUGGAUGCCUUAAGUAAAAGUUCGUAUUCACUAAUAUCUUUAUGUAAUAAUUUCUGUAAAUUUAUGAAGCCUGGAUCGAGUAUUAUUUCCUUAACAUAUCAUGCUAGCCAAAAAGUUGUACCAGGAUAUGGAGGAGGUAUGUCAAGUGCAAAAGCUGCACUUGAAUCGGACACAAGAGUUUUAGCUUAUCAUUUAGGGAGAAAAUAUAAAAUCAGAGUUAAUACUAUUAGCGCUGGGCCAUUAAAAUCGAGAGCAGCUACUGCUAUUAAUAAAAUGAGUCCGAAAAUUAUGAACAGGUCAGAUGAAAAUGAAAAGGAAAAGGAAAAAGAAAAAGAAUCAUAUUCAUUUAUAGAUUAUGCAAUUGACUAUUCAGAGAAAUAUGCACCGUUAAGGCAAAAGUUAUACUCAACUGAUGUUGGGGCAGUUGCUUCAUUUCUCUUGUCAAGAGAUAGCAGAGCAGUAACGGGACAAACUAUAUACGUGGACAAUGGCCUGAACAUCAUGUUUGGCCCUGACGACUUAUUUCAGAGCGAGGGCAGCUAA